GCAGAGGAAUCCAUGGAGCCAAAGAAGCAGACACAGCAAGGGUAGGGGCCUAAAGCCAGACAGAGAAGCAAGUACCCAGAGCAAGGAGCUCUCGGGGAAGGGUCAGUUUGAGCAGGGUCCUUACACCUCUGCCUUGAGGGCAGCUGCUGUCUAGUGUGGCCAAAGACACAUGGCCUAGUGAGGGACAGUCCUGCAUCAAUGCUCCCUUCUGCUGCUCUCUCAGAAGCUGUCUCCCGGAGCCCCCUGACAGACUUGCUUCCUCUCUGCUAAGCUCCAGGUUGAACUAGGGGCCACAACUCUCUGCAUCCCCCGAGCCAUGGGGCCCAGAAUAGGUGAGGGGCCUCAGAUGCCAGACAGGAGUACCAAGGCCACAAUGGGCACAGAAGACUCGCAUGAAAGCAAAGCCAGCAUGGAGCCUCAGGACUUCUGUGAGAAUGCACAACCCCGAGGGCUGUUCCACAGCAUCAAGUUCUUUGUCCUGUGCCACAGUGUACUGCAGCUGGCACAGCUCAUGAUCUCUGGCUACCUCAAGAGCUCCAUCUCCACAGUGGAAAAGCGCUUUGGACUGUCCAGCCAGACCUCAGGGCUGCUAGCUGCCUUCAACGAGGUAGGGAAUACAUCCUUGAUCUUGUUCGUGAGUUACUUCGGCAGCCGAGUACACAGACCCCGUGUGAUUGGCUGUGGGGCUUUCGUGGUGGCGCUGGCAGGCUUGCUCAUGGCGCUCCCACACUUCAUCUCGGAACCAUACCGCUAUGACCACAGCGGCCCUGAAGAUAGGUCACAGGACUUUGAUGCAUCCCUGUGCCUGCCCACGACUGUGGCUCCGGCCUCCACCCUCUCCAAUGACAGCUGUUCCAGCCGCACAGAAGCCAAGCAUCUGACCAUGGUGGGGAUCAUGUUCACAGCACAGACCCUGCUCGGCAUAGGCAGUGUGCCCAUACAGCCCUUUGGUGUCUCCUAUAUUGAUGACUUUGCCCACCACAGCAACUCACCCCUCUACCUUGGAAUCCUGUUUGCAGCAACCACCAUGGGGCCUGCCGUGGCCUAUGGGAUGGGCAGCCUCAUGCUCCGCCUUUAUGUGGACAUUGACCGGAUGCCAGAAGGAGGUAUCAACUUGACCUCAAAAGACCCCCGAUGGGUGGGCGCCUGGUGGCUGGGCUUCCUCAUCUCUGCAGGACUGGUGGUGCUGGCUGCCAUCCCCUACUUCUUCUUCCCCAAGGAUAUGCCCAAGGAGAAACGUGAGCUUCACUUCAGGCGGAAGGUCUUGGCCAGUGCAGCCUCGAUGCUCAGCAAGGGCGAGGAACUCUCCUCUCAUCAGGAGCCUUUAAAGAAAGAGGCUGAAUUGGCCCAGGUUGCUCCGGACUUGACGGUGGUCCAGUUUAUCAAAGUCUUCCCUAGGGUGCUGCUGCGGACCCUGCGCCACCCCAUCUUCCUGCUGAUAGUCCUGGCCCAGGUGUGCAUGUCAUCCAUGGUGGCAGGCAUGGCCACCUUCCUGCCCAAGUUCCUGGAGCGCCAGUUUUCCGUCACAGCCUCCUUUGCCAACCUGCUCAUCGGCUCCUUCACUGUCCCCCUGGCCAUCGUGGGCGUCGUGGUGGGAGGCGUCUUAGUCAAACGUCUCCACCUGAGCCCCACGCAGUGCAGCGUCCUCUGCCUUCUCGGGUUGCUGUCGUGUCUGCUGCUCAGCUUGCCACUCUUCUUCAUCGGCUGCUCUACCCACCAUAUUGCAGGCAUCAGCCGGGACCUGGGUGUGCAGCCAGGGCCAAGCCUGUUUCCUGGCUGUGCCGAGCCUUGCUCCUGCCAAUUGGAUGACUUUAACCCUGUUUGUGACGCCAGUGCCUACGUGGAGUACACCACACCCUGCCAUGCUGGCUGCACACGCCGUGUGGUCCAGGAGGCUCUGGGCAGAAGCCAGGUUUUCUACACCAACUGCAGCUGUGUAGCAGGGGAUGGCACGGUGCCUGCCGGUUCCUGCGAGUCAGCCUGCAGCCACCUGGUGCUGCCCUUCCUUCUCCUGAUGAGUCUGGGGACAGCAGUGGCCUCUGUCACCCACACACCUUCCUUCAUACUCAUCCUAAGGGGAGUGAAGAAAGAAGAUAAGACCCUGGCAGUGGGAAUGCAGUUCAUGUUCCUGAGAUUAUUGGCCUGGAUGCCUAGCCCCGUGAUCCAUGGCAGCGCCAUCGACACCACCUGUGUGCACUGGGCCCUGAGCUGUGGCCGACGAGCCGUCUGCCGCUACUAUGACCAUGACCUGCUCCGAAACCGAUUCAUAGGCCUCCAGUUCUUCUUCAAAAGUGGAGCCCUGGUGUGUUUUGCCUUAGUUUGGGCCGUCUUGAGGCAGCAAGACAAAGAGGCCAGCGCCGAGGUCACCGUGAAGAGCUCUGAUCUGCAGCAACAGCAGCUGUAAGCAUCAGGACCACAGAAGGAACCCAAGGGUCCCAGAAGGCCGACAUUCCCAGCCCCGCCUAACCAGGAGUGGCAGCCGCGGCCAUGCAUCUUCUGAGCCCUUCGCCAAAGACGACCAAGGCGGCACCUGCGCCGUGAGAAGCACCGUGUCCCGUGCUGGUUCCUCUGCUAAAUUACAAAGUGACUGUGAACAAG